CGGCUUUCCCCUUUGAACGCUCACCAUCUUAAAUAACUUAACGAAUUACUAGCGUUGUUACAUUGUCUCCUUGCUGAGGUCGAUCCUAGUAAUGAUUCAGCGAAUACACCGUUCCACUUCUGACCGACUUCGACUCCUUAUAGACUAGCAGACAAACCCCGGAGAAGGCAGUCUCAAGUGAGAAGCAGAGAGCAUACCGGCGGCGACAACUGAGGAUAUACCGAACGCCUAUGGUUGCGGAUUAAAAUCGUUUGUCAUCGCUUACUAAAUAUGGACUAAAUAAUCUGACAUCUAAGAAAAGAGACGGUCCUUGCAUUCUCCUCGUUUUAUUCACGAAACGACAGAGAAGAUCUUAUAUUUUGCUCUGGCUGAGCAAAUGGAGAGUUUUAAAUUUAGAGAUGAAGCGAUGUUGCACAGACCAAGAAAAGGGGAUAUUCGAGGGAUUCAAGCAAUAACACAUGUGACUUCUGUACAGGCUUUCCACGGUGUGAAUUUCGGGUCGAAUCUGUCGGAAGCCAAAUCGUCAAGGCAAACUGAAGGAAGAUUUCACUGACUGCCAAUCAAAUCAGCAAGAGCAUCAAGAUCUGUACCGCAUGCUUUGGGGAUGGUGCCCUCUCCCCAGGUGUGCGUCUCCACCCUGGUGACCGUGAGCACGAUGGCGGUGGUGGACCUCUACCUGCUGGAGCAGAGCAUGCUGGGAGUGCGCGGCGGGGGCGGCUCGCAAGGGCACCCCGGCGUGUGGCCGUGCGUGGCCGUGGCCCUGGGCGACCUCUGCUUCCUGCUGGCGCUGCGCUUCGUGUCGGCGGGCGUGGUGUCGGAGGCCGGCUCGGCCCGCCGCGGCUUCGCCAGCGCCCUCUGGUUCCUCUUCCUGUCGCUGCUGCAGCUCAAGCUCUUCUUCGUGUGCCAGAACUACCGGCAGGAGCGCCGGCCGCCCGACCCGCUGGCGCGCAAGACCCUGACGCUGCUGCUGUCCGUCUGCCUGCCCUCGCUCUUCAUCAUCCUCACGGGCGCCGAGCACGUCACGCCGCUGCGCCGCAAGCAGGAGGUGCGGGGCCGGCUCCUCUGGGUGGUGCUGGACCUGCUGGACGUGCUGGACCUCCAGGCGGGCCUGUGGGAGGCCAGCACCGGCGGGGCGGGCAGCAGCAGCGCCCCUCUCUGGGCAGAGGGCCUGGUGUUCUUCUACUGCUACGUGCUCCUGCUGCUGCUGCCCUGCGUCUCGCUGACCGAGCUGGGGACGGCGGGCGGCGGCGGGGGGCCCAGGGCCGUGCCUCCGCCCCCGACCCAGCAGCAGGAGCCGGCCGCGGGGCCCGGGCAGCGGCGGGAGGCCGUCUACCCCUGGCUCAGCCUGGUCACCAUCAACGUGCUGACGCUGCUGCUGCGGGGCGCCGGCGUGCUGUGGUACCGCGACCCGCGCGUCUCCACUAUCUUCCUGGGCAAGAACCUGCUCGCCCUGGCCGUCAAGCUGAGCGCCGCCUGGGAGCGCCGCCGGCGGCAGCGGCAGCAGCAGAGGCCGCAGGCGUCCGGCGGCGCGGUCACCCGGAGGACCGCUGGGGGGGCCGGGGAGGCCGACGGCGACGCGGUGGGAUGCGGGGCGGAGGGCGAGGACGAGCGGCGGCUGGACGGCGUGGGGUCACCGGGGUCACUGCCGCCCUCGCGCUACCACACGCUCUCGCGCGCGCACAGCCACGCCCGCGUCAGCGUCAACCUGGACCACACCGAGGCUGCACUGGGACCAGCCUACAUCUCUCGCGAGCUGUAGGAGUCCGCCGUUUAACAAAAUAAAUACAUUUGUUGUUGCCGUUGUUACAAACAAACUCCAUAAAUAGGGACAACAACAAAAGGACUUCAAAAACGGACAAUCCCCGUAGGCUGACUGGGCUUUCCGAGAGCCCUGUUGAGUUGGACACACAAAGGGAUGACAGUCCGUCGGCCAUCUGCUAAAGGACUGUCUCUAAAAACACCGUCCUCAACAACCGAGGGAGCUCCGGGGCCAAGAUGGGAACAGUAGAAAAACUCAUCCCAUUACUGCAAAGUGUGAUUCAUCCUGCCUGGGCUCUGGCAGCCUAUUGUAGCAUGGAGCUCUCAAAGGACGUUGGAUUCAGUUAGACUGGAACAUUUCAUAGUUAAGUGCCUUUUUCUCUGUUGAAGGAAUGAACAUCCGCACUACCUGACUCUGUUCUCCUUUAUGUCGGGACUCAAAUAAUAAUAAUAACAAUAAUGAAAUAAAAAAACGUGUGUGGCGUGUAUGUGUGCGUGUAAUGAGAGGCAUGGCUGCUUGUUUCAUGUCCAGGAGAGACAUCAUUUCUCAGAACAGGGUGUUGGAGAAGUGUGCCGUUCUCUCUCU